AUGCCCGACUCCCAGGAAUCAUCGGCACCGUCACCUAAGAGGGCGCUCUCGUCGACAAACAGCAGCAACCCCCGCCGGUCCCAUCCGUCGCAUUCAAAGUCGCUUCCGAGGAUUAAGAGGGUCAAGAUUGAUCACAAACCUGAUGUUUCAAAAGGAAAGCAGCCGCCCACACAGGAAGAGAUUGUUCCGCCUCUUCCGCAAGGAGAAAGUCGGGACUCGGGGAGCGACCAGAGCGCAGCCAGAUGGUUUGCGAGCAAGAAUGAGAACGUGAGCGAUAUCCAGAACAAAAGAGGAUCACAAGAGAAUGAAUCUCCUUUCUACCUCGCCCAUCAGGGCAGUUAUCACCAGUCAAAGAACCUCCGCUCGCACAACGCGGAGAGUUUCGUCCCGCGGCCCAGGGACGAUACCGAGAACGAUGAGUUGCGCGGGGUCAUUGACGACCUCACCGUGGAGAACAAGAAGUUGAAGCAUCUCCUGAAGAAUUGGCAGUCUCGGUCGAGUCCCACCAGCAGUAAUCCGGACAGGGUGGUCGAAGUUCGGUUGCAUGGACUACCGACUGAGAAGAAGAGGGAACUGGAAGAUCUCUUGAAGAAAUUUGCCACUGGUCUCAAUGGCGAUUCUCCGUCGCAACCAAGUUCAUCGGGUCCGAUUGAGAAGUCCGCCUCGAGUGCUGGAUACCCUGCCAUCCCAGCGCCGAAGCUUCCACAAGAUCCUAGUCAUACGGACUCAGGUUACGCCUCCAUCUCAAACUCGGGAAUGCAGUCAGCGUCGCAGUCUAACGGGCUACGACUACGUGAGCCUGUGUCAAAGAGAAAAAAAGAAACGGAUAUCGAAAAUUAUCUGCACGACAUUCCAGACUCGCUCUUCCCGAGAGAGACGGUUUCCGUUAGCGAGAAUGCUAAGAUGGCGUUGGUGGUGCAGAGGUUGGAGCAGCUCUUCACUGGGAAGAGGGCGGCGCCGGGUGAGCAUAGCCUGCCUGUUCAGCAACAGAAGAUCUCUCGUUCUGCCGCCAAGGCUGAUCGGCGUGAGGAUCAGAAGCAGAAUCGAACAUCAAGAGUGGAGGGUACUCGUGAAGCUCAUAUCCUGCCGCACGACUCCAAGAUCAACUUCGAUGCCAUCGAGACCAGUGGUCAACCCUCGGGGAAUCAAUCCGGAUCCGAGCAAUCUUCUGCGGAGGGAAGGAGUAUUCCGACCUCGGAACGCCCCGGGUCUCCAGAUCAACGGCCCACUCGACCAUUGGAUCUUGACAUCCACCGUGCGCAAGUCGCCGCCGAUAAUAUCGACUAUAUUCGACAUUUAGGGUUGUCGUCGCCGCAAUUCGAGGACUACGACGAUGCCAAAGAACAACCCUGGCUCUAUCUGAACCUGCUUGUGAGCAUGGCUCAGCUCCACACGCUCAACGUGACGCCGGCCUUUGUCCGCAAGGCUGUCAAACAGUUGAGCACAAAGUUCGAGCUUUCAAAAGAUGGACACAAGAUACGAUGGAUUGGGCGUCCUUCGCGAUCCGAAUAUGGCAGCCAGGAAAGUCCCGAGGGGCCACCCCACCGCACGUGUGAGGAUACUGGCGAUGAACCUGGACGGCAGAGCGGCAGAAGUGCUACCAGUACACUCAAUGAAGCAUCAAACUCGGUCUCACUCUCAGAUGAUAAAGUCCUCAGGGGGAAGUUGAGCGGCGGCACGUCCAAUUUGUUGAAGUCGACGUCGACUUCUUCCAAUCUUUUAACCGGCAAGCCUUCAACAAGUCAGUCUAAGUCGACUUCUGCGUUCGAGUAUAAACCUAUCGUAUUCCAAGGGAAGAGGACCUUUUUGAAGCACAAAAACUCAUACCUGGAUUCGGCUAGUUCACAUGAAGAUCAGUCACCCGACUCUGCUGGCCUGGUCCGCGCCUUAAACCGGUCAAGUCUGAAACCCAAGGAAGACGGGUACGAUGGCUACAUGACAUUCUUCAGCAACCCGUACUUCUUCACCGAUCUCAGUGGUGACAAGUCUCCUGCAAACGUCAGAUUGAGCGGGUACAAAGGGUCCCGGGAUACUUUAGGUAUCGAUAAGAAGCAGACACUCAUAGACGACACCCUGCGAGACGCCAAAGCUUGUUAUUUCCUUUCUCCCUGGCCGCCCGCACGGAACGCCUGGCCUCAAAACUGCCCGGAGAUAGAUAUGCCGCUUUCACCGAUAACAUCAGCUGGGGAGGACGAGACGAUGCCGCUGGAGUUCGAAGCUUCUGGUCUCGGAGGUGUUCGGCCGGAAGACAACUUUGCGCUCGACGUCCAGAUCGCCAGAAAACGGCAGAAGCUCAGCAAUGGUGACGGUCAGGGGACAAUCCGGCAGAAGCGACCUGCAAGAUAUAUAUACCAAGUUGCCAAUUGCCGGAGGCUGAAUCUGCAACCUUCGCGGCUGCCACCGCCCAGCUAUGUCUUCUUUACAGCAAGCUCAUCGUCCAGUGCGGGGAACGGAUAUUAUGAUGACGAGGACAGUAACGAGUCCUCAGAGGCAGAUUAUUCCCCCGCGCCAGCCGGGUUUCUCUGGCAAUGGUCGUCGAGUUCAAAUGAACGACAAGGCGGUGACGACGAUGCAUCUGUGGCAAGUUCUUCCCUAGGCGUGUUGGAAGCGGCACGCGCCAGGAUCCCGAUCCCCGGUGCCACAAAUGAGCUGGGCAGGACCAUGAGUGGGAGCCUCGCCGCCACUGCCGGGGCGAGCUGGAGUGCCGCCUCCAACGACGCCGAUGCUGCCUUUGCCACCGCCCUCAACGACUCUUCAGACGGGAUGAGCGUGGACCGUGAACUGUGA